GAGUCCGACAAAAGCGAUGCACACACACACACGCUCCUUACCGCAGCCCCGGCAUGGCGUCCGCCGGAUCGAUAUCCUUCUUCUUCUUGCGCCCCGCCGGCUUGCCGCGGUGGUCGUGGAAGUCGACGAACUCCGUCAGCCGCCGCAACAGGUCCGGGUUGUCGCGCGCCACGAGCAGCACGUCCUCGGCGCCCGCCACGGACCGCUUCCCGUGCUUCGCGAAGGCGGGAAGGUCCGUCGCGAGGCGCUUCGCGUACUUCUCGACCACAUAAGCCAGCGUCGAGACGAACUCCGGGUCCGCCUCGAGGCCGUGGCGCCCCUUGCCCGCGUCGCAGAUCGUCCCGACGGCGUGGCGCAGCGCGGAGCGCAGCGCGUCGUCCUGGUCGCCGUCCUCGCCGUCGAACAUGGUGCUGGGCGGCCGGCCGGCGCUGCUGUCUACGGCCGGCGGCGUGCGUUUGGUUUGGCAGGUGUUAAGGAGCACACGCAAGCUGGGUGUCCUUCUCAACCAGUGGAUUCUCGAUUCUGCGGCCUAGCGCUCGCUUCUGCGGCCAGCGCUCGCUGUUUGCGGCACUUCUAUAGACUCUCAGCCGCUGAAGAGUGAUAAUAGGAUCAAUAUGCCCCGUGAAAGGUCUCGGCGCCGAUCCUAG